AUGCACUUCGCCCUGCCGCCCGAGUAUAUUCGCUCGCUACAACAGGCGGAAGCCGCCAGGGUGAGGGCUGCGCAGGAAAAGGUGCCAAACCUCUACCACGCCUUCGAGGACCCGCGGCAGCUGCAGGAGUGGGGGGCCGCCGCUCCCCAACAGGCCCCUCAGGGCGUGCAUGAGCAGCCGCAGCAGCAGCAGGCGUACUACAAUUACCCACAACCACAGCCGCAGCAGCAGGCUUCGUAUGCCCAAUAUCCACAGCAGCAGGGCAUGCAGGCCCAGCAACCGCAACAGCCGCAGGGGUUUUCGCAGGCGGCGCGGGCAGGCCAACGGUCCCCGCCGCGCUCACCGUCCCCGCAGCCGUAUUCACAGACGAAUGCACAAACGCAGCCCUCUGACAGUGUCAUCUGCUGGGAUGUUCAGCUCGCCAGGUCGCAUGACAAAAGCAAAUUUCUUGACCAUCCCUCCAUUCCAAGGUUUUUGCACUUGCAUUUGGCGGAAGACAUGGCACGGCUGCCACGAACGCCGCCGUAUAUCUCGCCUGUGAGCCGCAUUAUAAUGCGACCAACGUUUCAGUGCCUGCCAGGCACCUCGCAGCUGGCGGAGACGCUCCAGCUGCCGUUAGGUAUUACGUUUCAGCCCUUUGCGGACACCCAUUUACCCGAAGUGGAUCUUUCAACACUGGGAGGUAAGAUGAUUCGCUGUCGCAAGUGCUCUGCUUACAUUAACCCAUUCACCACCUUCUGUGAACAAGGGCGGCGCUGGCAAUGCAUUAUGUGCCGGCAGUUGAAUGAGGUCCCUCAGGAAUACUUUUGUGCUCUGGACCCCCAGACGGGGUUGCGCGCGGAUGUGUUGCAGCGGCCAGAGCUUACGUACUGCUCUGUGGACUUUUAUCCAACGCCUGAAUUUCUGCGCCGUCCACCGCAUCGUCCUGCAUUUCUGCUCAUGCUAGACUGCUCGUAUCAGGCGAUCGCUUCAGGGCAGCUGCGUGCCAUUUGCCGCGGCGUCCUUUCGGCACUUGAAACGAUGAAAAAUGAGGAUGCCCUGUACAUGGGCGUCAUCGGAUUUGCCUCAACGCUGUACUUCUUCAACUUGGGGCCCACGCUGCAGUCCCCGUGCACCAUCGUCGCCCCCGAUAUUGUGCACGAUGUGUGUAACGUGGACGACAACUUCAAGUUUGAGCCCAUUGAGCUUCCAUGUGCCGUGAAUGAGCUGAUGGUGCAGGUGAAGGACGCCUACCGUCUCUUGAAGGUUCUCUUCGAGACCCUGCCGGAGACGUUUGCCACCACAAAAGACGUGGGCUGUGCGUUUGGGCCGGCGCUGGCGGCUGCCAUUUCAAUGCUGGAGAACAGCGGCGGGAAGAUUGUCGCGAGCAUCGACGCCAUGCCGUCCAUCGGCGAGGGGAAAUUGAAGCCCCGCUUUGACAUUGCAAAGUUGUCGAAUCAGCCAAAGGAGUACACGGUGUGCUUGGCCGCGAGUGACUGGUACAAGCAACGUGCGCUGGCGUGCUCGAACAGCAACAUUUCUAUCGAUCUGUUCGUCAGCGGCGCCCAGGACGUGGAUUUGACGACUAUCGCCCCCUUGGCCCGCUUCACUUCGGGCAGCAUUUACCGCUCCACGCCGCUCACCAUCAACGGGGUGCCGGAGCAGGUGCACCGCAUGCUCACACGCUACAUGGCCUUUGAGGCCAUUCUGCGGGUGCGUACCUCCAACGGUUUGGUGGUGCCGAACUUUUACGGCCACUGCCACGUGCGGGAGCCGGACCUCCUCGCGCUUCCGGUGGGUGACGAGGACUCGUCGUACUCUGUUCAGUUGCAGAUUGGGUCCGAGCUGAAGACAAGCUUUGCGUACAUUCAGGUCGCCAUUGUGCACACAAACCGCGCGCGUGAGCGACGCAUCCGUGUGCACACCUACCAGCUGGGCGUGUCGCCGUCUCUCAGCGCCGUGGUGAACUCUGCCGACUCGCUGGGGGUCACCUGCUUCCUCUGCAAAAUGGCUGUUGACUUCUCUGUCAAUGGGCCCUUUCAGCAGGCGGAAAAGCGCGUCACCGAUAAGCUGCUUGCGACGCUGCGGGCCGUGAAGAAGCACAACGACGGGCUGGGUUUGCGCUGCGGACACUUUAUGCUGCCGGAAUCGCUGCGGUUUGUGCCGCAACUGUUGCACGGCUUUUUUAGGGGCGCGGCGGUGGGGUUGUCCACCUCAACGCCUAUUCUCCCGGAUGAGCGUGUGGCUGCCAUGUCGAUGGUGAUGUCCACUGCCCCUUACGCCAUGUUGCCGUACUACACAGGCUGGUCCUACGAGGUGUACUCCCCCUAUGCCGCGCCGGAGAACUUUCCCGUGCCUAUUUUUCCGACACAGUCGUACUUCAGGUCCGAUGGCAUUUUCCUUGUGCACCUUGGCUCCACACUGGUGCUGUGGUACGGGCGGAAGGCAGAUGCCCACGUGGUGGAGGCCUUUGGUCUCACACCGAGCGAGGAGGCCCCGCGUUCCGCGCAGCCGCUCAUCACGGAGGAGCAGCUUGUCGCCCUGCGUGGUCGCUUUGACGCCCUCGUGUGGCAGUUGCUCGAGGGUGUUCGGAAUGCGUUUAGUGCCCCCUUGGAGGCAUGUCCGCAGGGCAACUCCGUGAUUGAGCCUGCACUGACGCGGAUGAUGAUGGAGGACGAGGUGCAAACGCUCCCGAGCUACACGACGUUCCUGCGUGACUUGUGGCAAAAGGUGUCGGCCACGGGGAGGUGA